UUCUACUAAGGGAAUUGAGUUUAAUUAGAAAUAUCAAGUUUAAUAAGAAGUUACCUAUUGCAUCUUCAAAAAUGUUCGGCAAUUUCCGCCAAUUACAAGAUGUCACGUGUUAUUGCACUUUCGGUGGCUUGGAUAAAGUUAACCUCAAAUUUCUCAGGAAAACAGGAGCUUCGAGCCAACUUUGCUCAACGAUUAAUGCAACACCUAGAUUGUGGAACCCGUGGAGUUUAACAUUUGUUAGAAAUAGAAUGAGAUAUCACUUCCCACAUCCAAAUGAACGUAUGCGAAUUAAAAAGCACGGAUGGCAUGCCAGAAUGGCAACACCAGGUGGUAGAAAAAUUCUUAUGAGAAGAAUUUUAAAAGGUAAACAUGUCUUAAGUCAUUGAUAAAUGUAUUAUCAAUGUAACAAAUAAAACAUAUGGAAAUGUAUACUGAAAAAUAAAUGUUACCA